GCCGGUCAACCUUUCACCUACUUUCUCUCUCAGUGACAGCCGGCGUUUGUGUUGACGGUGGCAGAGGAGGAACUCGUCGUCAAAAUAUUACAGAGUUUGUUGCCCCUUCCAGUAGACUUGGUCACCUGAAGGAGAGAAUUCAGAAAUGUGGAUGAAUACUUUUUCCCGGUUUGCCCGGCCUGCUCUGCGGAGGAGCACCUCUGUCAUGGCCUGCCAGGCUUUGAGGGUUCGUCAUAGAGCAGGAAAAGCUCCAGGUCCUCUAUCCUCUUGUCUGACUUCAGCGCAGCUUCGUGGACACCAGACCUUAGGGUCUGCCUCCCUCCCUCUGGCUCGGCACUCAGUGAGGCAUGUCCGAGCUCUGGAUGAAGAGAGGCUUUUGGAGGUGGAGUGGGAGGAUGGAGGCCAAAGUCUGUACCCAUUCACUUGGCUGAGGGACAACUGCCAGUGUCCAAUGUGUACUCUGGAGUCUGCUCUGGCACGGAAACUGUUGAUGGCUGAUCUGGAUAUUCACACAGGCAUCGAUGUUGUGGAGGUCAAAAAUGACAACAAGGUGUCCAUUGUGUGGCCUGACCAGCACACCAGUGUGUUUGAUGCAGAGUGGCUGAAGAAACGCUGUUUCUCUCCGGCUGCCAGACAAGCAAUGCAAGAAGAACUUUUCCUCAAUGAGCGGUAUUACUGGGACUCCAAACUGCGCAUCCCCACAGCAGACUACCAGGAAGUCCUGCAUGACGAUAAGGCGGCUCUGGCUUGGCUCUUGGCCCUGCGCCGUGUUGGCAUCGUGUACCUGAAGGGGGCUCCGGCUGUGCAGGGCCAAGUGGCCAGACUGGCUGAGAGGAUUGGCUAUCUCAGGCUGACAUUUUACGGGCACACAUGGCAGGUCCAGGACAAAUACAUGGCAAAUAAUGUAGCCUACACUUCAGGAAGGCUCAGUCUCCACACAGACUACCCUGCGCUGCACUUUGCACCUGGAGUGCAGUUUCUUCACUGCAUCACCCAGGCUGUGGAGGGAGGGGAGAGCGAAGUGGUAGACGGCUUCCACAUGGCCGAGCAGCUGCAGAGAGAAGACCCAGAGGCCUUCAGGACGCUCUGCUCGCUCCCUGUGGACUUCACCGACACAGGGAUGGACUACUGCGACUUCAUGCUGCAGUCCAAGAAAUGCAUCAUCAAUGUUGACCCUGAGGGCCGAGUAGCGAGGAUAAACUACAACAAUGCCACCAGAGACUCUGUUCUCGACCUUCCCUUACAUCAGGUUCAGCCUUUCUACAGAGCACUGAAGAGCUUUGUGACCAUCAUGAACCAACCAGAGAAUGUGGUCACAUACAGCAUGCAGCCAGGUGAUUUAGUCACCUUUGAUAACUGGCGCCUGCUGCACGGGCGGAGGAGUUACAUCAGCAGGCCUGACAGGCUGCGACACCUGGAGGGCGCUUACCUGGACUGGGACGAAGUCAUGUCCCGCCUCCGGAUACUCCGCAGCUCAGUCAACGAGAACGUUUGAAAAUGCAGCCAAAUAAAAAAAAAGGUAGCUUUACAGCCUUUGCAGAAAAAACUCAACAGUGUUUAAAAGGUGAGCUGAAACGCUGAGGAGAUGGAGGGCAAAAGUGCAAAGAUAUUUUACCACUAAAGGUGGAAAGCUUAAGCUGCGACUGUGAAGGAGUCAGGCAUUGAAUCAAUGAUUUAUGCUUUCUUUAAAUUGGUACAAAAUCUGCAAAAGUGUCUGCUGAAUUUCAGUGGAAUUACAGAGCAACGCUUCAAUGCAAAAUGUCAAAAACACUUGGCUUUUUCUCUUUAAAGGUGCUUUUGGAUUCAGUCAAGGCUAAUGACAAAUAUGUUUUCUUAAGCUGAAAUUUAAGAUUUUACACAUUUUCUGAUGAUGAUGAUAAGUAUCUUGUAGGUUUACUUUAAUAUAAUUUACUAUUCCUAGUUCUGUGGUUAAAUUGGCUGAUGUUGUACUUGCUGUUUCUGAAAUCCCCUUUGUUUACCAGCCUGCAGUUUUGUUAAAUAAUGAUGAAUGACA